CUCACUUCUCAUCUUCUCAUCUCCCCUUGUCGCCGACGAGCAAAUCACACCCGCUGCUGGAUGGACGAGCCGGUCACACUGCAGUCCUGCAUGCAGCCAUGCGGGACUGCAGUCAACCAACCAUGCAUGCCUCCGUUCGCUGUGACUGGUGGACUUGGCGGUUCCUGGACGCAGGGGAAGUCUCCUUUCUUCUUUCUCACAUGAUGGCAUCACAAUCACUUUCUCGACUUGCAAGUAGUCGGUCACACUCGCCAACUGGGACUUCCCCGCGAUGGAUGGAGAGGGAGAAAGGGAGAUGGAGGGGAGUGAGGUGGUGGGUUGGAUUAUUACUCCUUGCUUGGAGGGGGCAGACAGACAGACAGUCAGUUCAGGAUGGUAUCACGGUCUGCGCGCCUGUUCCGGGUUGCUGGAUCGGCAGCAGAAUCGACACCCACGGGGUCAUCGGCCAUCGGCCAUCCAUGAGGCUGCAGUGCUGCAGUGCUGCAGUGCUGCUGCUGCGCUCAUGUUACCUCCUGCCGUUUCCGAUCGAUCGACGAUGUGUUUUCUCUUCUCGCCUGUUGUCGCCUUCUUCCGCCCCUCCUCCCAUGAUCGCGGCCAAGAGCCCAUCACCCGUCGCUCGUUUAAUCUAUCGUUAGUGAAGUAUUUAUUUGUGCUGCAAACUCAUGAUACUGUCACUCGUUCCCCUCUGCCUCCGGUAGGGUGUCAUCUGCGUACCCCAGCCGGAUCUGAAGCCUGCCUGACAUCUCCUGCUAGCCCGCCCAUGCUCAGCUGCAGACUCAACGCCUUCAUUUCUAGGGAGAGCUAGAGCGAGUGGCGUCCUGUCUCGACCAUCUCGCCGCGGUCCAGCGUUCGCGUCUGGCCCGACCUGCUCGGGGGUGUCGCAGUGCUACAUGUGGGAUGGGGGAAAGUCUGCUCGAGACUACAUGCCGUAAUUAAAGAUUGCAUGUAAGUGUCUUGAUCACACUCAGCCACGGCCCUCAUACCGGCCCCCUUUCUUCCAUGAACCAUGCAUCCCAUUGCCUUCCUCCGGGCAUAUGGAUGCAGACCGCAUGAGUCCUCUCUCCCACCUCCUUCGGGGAAAGGGGACUGACUGACAGGUCAGACGAUGUCCGGAGACUUCUCAUCACGCAUCUCCGUUGCUUAUUUGGAAAUGUCUGUAGAUUGCUUUUUUCUCUGUCCCUGUCUCGUCACUGACGCAACUGCAACUCCUGAGGAUCCGGGGGGUGUGAGUGUCUCGCCCUUCAAAUACCCCCCCUUAUCCCUCG